AUGAAGUCCUCGGUUGUGAUGGCUGCUUGCCUCGGGCUUGCCUGUGCCGCGCCUACUGAGACACAGGACAACGCAUCGAAGGAGCCCAUCAAAUUGGCGCCAUCGGACAACAUCAUCUUCCCUGACUCAACUAUGCCAGUUCCAGGCAAGGAGCCAUCACCAGAGCCCGUUGCGCCUGGCGGUAAGCUGCCCUGGAUAGAGCCUAGCCCGGAGUCUGCAGAUUGUCGUGGCUCAAAGACGGAGCAAAUCUGCGGGAGUAAGCUGUUUUGCUGGCUCUACAAACAGAAGCGUCAUCGGCCUGACGACAAGUACUCGAGCUACGAGGGCUGCCUCGCAGCUCGAGAGCCAGCGCCGCUACCCAAGGUUGUCUAUUGCGGCGAGCACAGGGCCCCCGAGGCGUUGCGCCAGCUAGGCGGAAUCCCUACCGAGUUCAAAGGACCUACGAGGAACAUGUCGUAUAGCUUGGAAACGCACCACUGGGGAAUUGGACAAGUUCACUCGGCGUAUACCUCGACUACGACGUCGUUUGGUGUUGCAUUCGGGUACUCUCUCAAAGAUAAUGCCGGUAAUGGCUGGGUCUAUAAGAUUCAUCCUACGCCGAACAUGAUAGACAUGGACUCAUCCGGAUUUUUCAUCAUGUACGGAAUCGAGGACGAGUUUUCCGCUUUGGGAGGGGUACGCUGGGACCAGAUUGAAGCGUGGAUGGAAAUUCCUCGCAACUCGACCGGACCUAAAGUGACGGUGGGUGAAAUAUACGACUACAGAAAGGAAGAGGCCUUUAUGACAGAGUUUCCCAGGGCAAAGUGGAUCAAGAACAAAGACUACAACCCAAAAUACGACGGAUUCGCAGUCAGCGGCGGGCAACCGCAGCUAGCUGGUGAUUAUCUCAGUCUUGAAAAAUACAAGGAAAAGACGCUAGAGCAAUGGGCUGUCGAAUUCAUGGACAAGAAUGGCGAAGCCGUGGGCUGGACUGGUGCCUUUCCCUUGGAUUUACAAGCCCCUGUAAAGACCGGUUAG